AUGGGUGGAACAAUAUCAGAUAUUGUCAAAGUUGUUGAUGAUGCUGUAAAACAAAUUAUUUUACAAAUUGAUCCAUCAAUAAUUAAAGUGAAAAAUACAACAUUGACCAUUCUUGAUAAUAUCGAAGUUAAAAUUCAAUCAAAUAGUUCACAAUUGUACGAUUUCUUACGUCGAAAUUUACUCGUUUGGCUUUUCUUAACAAUUAUCUUUACAAUACUUAUUUUAAUCUUAAUUCGUUAUUUGAUCGAUAUUUUACAUAAAUUACAAUUUGGUCUUUUAACAAGACAAUAUGCAACGUUGUUUGUAUUAACGGUUCUCGUUUUUUGGAUAUUUUUAUCUUCGAUAUUUGGCGUUUUUCUAACCGAAGAUAUUGAUUGGCCAACGUUAAAAUUGGUUCUUUUUGUUAUUUUAUCAAUUUGUAUUUUAUUAUUAAUCUUCAUUUGGUUUCGUUUUUUAACAAUUUAUAAACGAAGAAUUGGAAUGAAAUUAAUUUUCUUCUUUUGUCAAUGGAAUGUUCCAAAAGAGAAAAAAAAUCGUUUACAACAAUCAACGAUGACUUUACAUAUGUUAGCAAUUAAAAAGAAAACAAUCAAUGAGGAAAUUAAUCAAAUUUAA